AAACAAAAUAAGACGAGUUAAAAAGAUAAUAAAGGUAUAUUGAAAACAUCGAAUGAAACAUAUAUUCCUGCAAAGUAUCAAUGAAAACAAAUUCGAUUUUUCUAUUUAUGCGCACUGGAAAUGUACUUGUUUGAAUUUUUACGUCUCUCUUCCGAGCUAUCCUAAAUGCAAGUACGAAAUGGUGCGGAGUCAUGAAAGUGUUUGUAAACAACUCAGUCAGAAGGCACAGCAAACUGGAGUCCAACCAAUUCCUACACAUAUCUCUGAGUGUCAACACAUCCUCCACAGUGCCCCAGACACUGGGAUAUGAAGGAUGUAUGAGCUCACCUUUUUUCAGGAUCUUCAAGUCAACAGGAUGACACAACUGCAACACAACUGAUUCAUUCACAGUUGUCUGAUCAGCUACAGCCUUGUAGCCACAGACCGUCAUUUUCAUUUCAUUACCUGCGCACUGUUCACCUGCUACGUCAAGAUGCCUUGGCCAUUCUCUGAAUCUAUCAAGAAGCGGGCUUGCAGAUACCUCCUGCAUCGAUACUUGGGAAACUUUCUGGAGGAGAAAUUGAGCUUGGAUCAGCUUAGCCUGGAUCUUUAUCAAGGCACAGGGUCCCUCGCACAAGUUCCACUGGAUAAAUGGUCGCUCAAUGAGCUCCUAGAGACAGCAGAUGCCCCUUUUGAGGUCAUCACCGGGUUCAUCCAGACGAUUUCCCURACCGUCCCCUGGGCAGCGCUGCUACAGGAAAACUGUGCCCUGGAGGUCAAGGGUUUGGAGAUGAGGCUCAGACCAAGACCAAGAGCGGCAUCUGGCAAUGAGCCCAUGUACUGGUCCAGUUUCAUGACGAGCAGCAUGCAGCUCGCCAAAGAAUGCCUCAGUCAGAAGCUCACUGAUGACAUGGGCGAAAGCUUUCAGCCUUUUGAAGGAUUGGAGAAGUUUGCAGAGACGAUAGAGACAGUUCUGAGGAGAGUCAAAGUGACAUUUUUGGACACUGUUCUCAAAGUUGAACACAUUCCAGAAAAUUCCAAAACUGGAUUUGCUCUUGAGAUUCGAAUCAGCAAGAUCGUGUACUGUGAUGAAACGGGGGACGAGAGCCCAAACGUUAACGUGCAUCAGCCAACCUCAUUCGCACAUAAAAAGAUGCAGAUGGAAGGAAUCACCGUUUUCUGGGAUGAGUUCUCAGACGCAUCUCGGGGUUGCAGAUCUUCGCCCACUCCUUCGGAAACUGAGCCAAAACUUUCACCCAGCUGGAAUCCCAAAAUAAUAUGUGAGCCUCACCCGCAGUUUACGGAGCCUCUGUCCUCCACGACGCCAUUUGAGCCCGUGCAGGUUGGGAGCCUCAGUGGUAAAAUCGAGUUGUCUCUCACUCUGAAAAACAACCUGGCUCUGCCUGGAGCAAAGCUGGACGUUGUUGGACACAUUGAUACGCUACUCGUUCUGCUGUCCCCGUGCCAAGUUCAUCUUCUUUUGGACAUGUUUGGAGCGUUCUUCGGUGGACGUGCGCAGGACUGGACUAAAGACAAAAAGAACCGUCCCAUGCAACAAGAGGACGAGUAUCGCCUCCAGUUGGAACUGAACCGGUGUCUGAAGAAGGACACCGCCGUUGCAGGAACAGACUCGGACCUCUUCGACAGCCAAACAACCAAAACCGUGUCGAGUCGAGACGACGUGUUCUUCUCCAUGGCUGACAUGGACAUGUCUCACAGCUUGUCGUCCCUCCCCCCUCUGGGUGAACCGCCCACCGUUGACUUGGACUUGUCACUGAACAGUAACUACUCUGCCUCCCCAGGAGAGUCCCCCUCUGGAAAUGCAACAGCUCUGUGGGAAGAUUACAUGGAAUCCUCGCGACAAAAAGAAAAGCCGACGAGCGAAACUCCUGUCCAGUCUCGAGAUCCACAGCUCCCUCAGAAACUAUUAAGACAAACCUCACAUCCAUCCAAAACCCACGGGGAUGAGUCGAGGCCAGAGCUGGUGUUGAGGUUGUCCCUGAGCAGCUUUGCUGUCUCCGUCCUCCACAUUGACCCGCUGCCCCCACCGAAUGCUGCUCCCAGCCCCCUCAGACCAAUUUCUGCACACUUCUUUAGCACGGAGGGCCCAGGCCAGUUGUCCUCCGAUGCUUUCCUUCAGUCCCGCGCCAUCUUUGAUCAGGCUUGUCCCCACGAUCAUCUUAGGUUUAUCGGUCAGGAGUUGGUGAUAAAUUAUGACCACUGUCAGGGGUCCAACCUACGGACUUUUAAGACUGACAUCUCACUAAACCACAUGGAGUUUAUUGAGUGUCUGUUCUCCUCUGAAGCUCCCGAUGGUGGCUCACAAAGAGGAAUCCAGUACACUGAGCUCUUGACUUUUGACACCACAUCUAGUGCUAAUGCACMGCCUCCCACCUGUCUUCACCUGCUUUACAAACUGGCUGAACGCAGAGGUCCCCAGGGUGGCCAGGUGCGUCUCAGCACAAUUCCAAGGAAAGCAGAAGUCCAGGUUGAGCUGGGCCCCGUGCGCUCAGAGCUCGACAUCAGCAUCGUGGACCGUCUGAACUCACUGCUGCAGCCGCAGAAAUUAGCCACCACGGAGAUGAUGGCCUCUCACAUGUAUACGUCCUACAACAAACACGUCAGCUUGCACAAAGCCUUCGCUGAGGUUUUUCUCGACGACACCCACACGCCCUCCAACUAUCACGUGUYGCUGACCGUCAAUGCCCCCGUGCUGGGCGUGGCGGUCCGCUUCCCCAUCCCCGACCUGCGCUCAGAUCAAGAGAGAGGCCCCUGGUUCAAGAAGUCCCUGCAGAAAGAAGUGCUGCAUCUGGAGCUGGAAAAYGUGGAAAUAAAAACUGAGUUCAUGGGCGGCAGUUCGCCCAACCAAACCAAGAUGGAGCUCACGUUCAAGGAGCUCUCUGGGAAGUUCCAGGAGGAGCCGAAUCAACCUGCCGCCCGCUUCCUUAGAGUGUCUCACAACAUGGAAGGAGACAUGAUGACGUCUGAAAGCGUGAAAUUUGAUUGGCCGAGGGUGGUGCUGAAGAUGAACCCCACCGCGGUUCACUCCAUCCUCGAACSCGUGGCAGUUGAAGACGACGAGGGAGCCGAGGACCAUUCCCUUGAGGAAGAAGAGGAGGAAGGGGCCGCUCACUCCCUGAAGGAUGUGUGUGACUUUGGGAAACCAGAACCGUCCCCCUUUUCUUCACGUAGGGUUAUGUAUGAGAAUGAAGAGAUGGUCAUUCCUGGUGAUGCUGCUGAAAUGACAGAGUUCCAGGAGAAAACGAUGAACAACUCUCGAUUCGUUCUUGAGCUGUGUUUGCCUAAUGUCCAGCUGGCACUGCCCAGCAAACCUUUCUAUGAAAAACUACACAACAGGAUAAACAACGACCUUAUGUUGUGGGAGCCCACAGCUCCAUCCCCAGUUGAGAUUGUAGARAGCAUGCCUUAUGGAGUUGGACUCUCUGUUGCCAGUCAGCUGAUCAACACUUACACAAAGGACAGCUUUAUCCAGUUUCGCUCUACUGGCCCCGAUGAGGAGACCAGUGGCUCCGAUGAGGAGAAUAUGAACUACUACUCUCCUGCCUCUGACCUGGGCUUCAGAUCUCAAAAGAAGAAAAAACAAAAAGCUCACAGCAAGACAUCCCAGAGUCUUUUCUCUGUUAUUCUCAGUGUAAAACACGGCCUGGUGGCUCUGCAGACAAACUCUAAGCAGGAGGACAAAACCAUACUGAAAAACAAACACGGCGAGUUCUGGCUGGAGGUGAAAAAUGGCGUUUUGUUCAGCGUCACUCAGUACGAAGGCUAUAAAGACCAACACUACGUCUGCUUCCAYACCAGCAGUGUUUGCCUGCAUCAUCAAGGACUCGUAGACGGGGGCAGCUCCAUCUCAGACAUCAAGCUGCCGUGCAGGACACCUCCCCACUGGCUGGAGCCAAGCAUCUACCAAUCAGAGGCGUCUUCAGAAAAAUCCUCAACGCCCUCUGAGGGCAUCGGCCUGGAGGCUCGCAGCAUGGUGUCCGUCGCUGUCAAAAUCUCAUCUCAGAGUGCGGAGCGCAACAUCAAGGAGUUUUUAGUUGCUGUUGGAGUUAGAGGAGCCACGCUGCAGCACAGAGUGGUCCCUCCUAACCUGGGCUGGUAUGAUCAGAUUGUUGACUUCCUGAAUGUUUCUGAUGAACCUGUCUUGGGUUACGCCCCUCCCAUGUCCGUCACCACCCUGCAUUUACACCUGUGGAGUUGCUCUUUAGACUACAGACCUCUUUACCUGCCGCUCAGGUCGCUGGUGGUUGUGGAAACGUUCAGCAUCUCCAGCAGCGUCUCCUUAGACAACUCAUCAUCAACACUAAGGAUCAUUUUGGAUGAAGCUGCUCUCUUCCUCUCAGACAACAAUAAAGCUGUUUCUGUUAAUCUAGCACGCGACUAUGUUCAAGUUGUGGACAUGGGAACCCUGGAGCUGAGGAUUACAGCUGUCAAGCCUGGAGCAGAUGGAAAAUUGUCGGAGCCCAGGUUUGAGCUGCGCUGCUCCAGUGAUGUGAUUCACAUCAGAACCUGUUCGGACUCCUGCGCUGCCCUGAUGAACCUUAUCCAGUACGUGGCCAGCUAUGGAGACUUGAUGCCUCCGGAGGAGCCAGAGGCAAAACGCAGCAGUGUCGCACAAAAACGCAAGACCGAGGUACCUGGCAGGCCCACAUCUCAGACUCCACUGCUGGCUGAGACUGAGCAGCAGAUGCUGCAGGAUUUGAUGAGUGAAGCUAUGGAAGAGACGGAUAGCCAGCAGGCGCCAGGAACUCAACAGAACGGUUCUCAGGAGGAGCCAAUUUAUGACCAUGAUCCGCCUCGCUCAGACCUCUUCCUGUUCCCUGAUGAGAGCGGGAAUCUUAACCAGGACUUGAGUCCCACCUAUCCUAUGCUCCCUUCUCCCCUCAUCACACCUGCUCCCAGUCUGGCCCAGGAGACGGAUGACUUUUGCAUUCUGGAAACUCCUGACACCAAAGGAGAGGAUCGAGAUCAGGAGCCCGUGGUGAAGCAGCUGACCUCGAAUCCUGUGGAAGUCAAAGAUGACCACUUCAGUCAGCCUCUGGAAGGGAGCGAUUCGAGCCGCGGAGCCGUGAAUUUUCCCGUUCCGGAGGUUCGCUACCUCAUCCGAGAGAUUUCUGUCAUUUGGCAUCUUUACGGAGGGAAAGACUUUGGGAGGUCCAGCACAGUUUCUCCUGCUAGAAGUCAAGGAUCUACUCCUCACAGCUCCCCAUCUCAAACUCCAGUCAGACAAGUGAAGACUUCAGGGCGGGCAGGAGGAGGAAGAGGAAGAAACCUUGAUAUUCUGAUAGAAAUCCAGCUCAGCAAGGUGAGGUUUCAGCACGAAGUGUACCCGCAACCCCCUGCGGCGUUACGUCCAACAGCAGACCAGCCCGUGUCCCGGCAGCUGUUUGUUGUGCAGGACUUGGAGAUCCGAGACAGACUAGCUACCUCACAGAUGAACAAGUUCCUCUACUUGUACUCCAGCAAGGAAAUGCCUCGAAAGGCUCACUCCAACAUGUUGACAGUUAAGGCUUUGCACACGAGUCCCGAGUCAGGUCAGGCUCCUCCAGAGUGCUGCUUACGUGUCUCCCUAAUGCCUCUUCGUCUCAAUAUUGAUCAGGAUGCAUUAUUUUUCAUGAAGGACUUCUUCAGCAGCCUUGCUACUGAAGUCGAGUUUUUCUCACCGCCUGCCCAAGAAGCUGUUUGCGUGACCACAAAGAAAGCAGCUGCCCCAGAGAUCUCCUGCAGCUUCUCUAAGCACGCCGCCGGCAGCCUGGACCCGGCCCCCAUCAUCUCAGUUCCUGCUCAAAGGCAGCUGAGCCACAAYGGCUUCUCCACGUUUGGCCGGGAAGAAGCGAACGACGGCGACGCCUCUGCUUCUCCCUUCACGGACCAGCCCAUCUUUUUUAGGGAGUUUCGGUUUACCUCUGAGGUUCCCAUUCGACUGGAUUACCACGGGAAACACGUGUCAAUGGACCAGGGCACAUUUGCAGGGAUCAUCUUAGGGCUGACACAGCUGAAUUGCUCAGAGCUGAAACUGAGGCAGCUUUGCUAUAGACAGGGAUUACUUGGUGUGGAUAAGCUGUUUUCUUAUGCAAUAAACGAGUGGCUAAAUGACAUAAAGACCAAUCAGCUACAAGGACUACUGAGUGGCGUGGCACCCAUUCAUACUCUGGUGAAACUGGUUCACGGCCUUAGGGACUUGGUUUGGCUCCCUAUUGAGCAGUACAGAAAGGAUGGCCGGAUAGUCCGGGGUUUUCAGCGAGGCACUGCCUCCUUUGGAACCUCCACAGCCAUGGCUGCCCUGGAGCUCACAAACAGGAUGGUUCGAACCAUUCAGACUGCAGCUGAGACGGCCUAUGACAUGGUAUCCCCAGUUCCUGAUGAGAGAGACACAAAGAGGGUGAAACGUUACUCCCAUUACGGCCUGGCUCAUCAACCUGUUGACCUGAGAGAAGGUGUCGCCAAAGCUUAUACUGUAGUGAAAGAGGGCAUUACAGACACAGCCCUGACCAUCUAUGACACGGCCACACGGGAGCACGAGCAGCGUGGGAUGACGGGAGCUGUCGGCGGCGUUCUCCGCCAGCUGCCACCAGCAGUGGUCAAACCGCUCAUCAUGGCCACCGAAGCCACCUCCAACGUCUUGGGCGGGAUGAGGAACCAGAUUCACCCGGAUGCACGUCAGGAGGAGUCGCAGAAAUGGAGGCACGGGGAGGAGUAAUUUUUCAUUCGCCGUGCAGUGACUGAAACCUUGACUGUGCUGCAGCCACAGCCAAGAACCUUGUUUGUUUAGUUUUUUUUUAAUUUCAUUUUGCUUUUGGAAAAAGUAGACAACCAGUUCUGAUUGUAAAUAAAAUAGUGCUCAUCUCAUGAUUGAUCUGAUGUAAAGUAGCUUACCUGUUCCCUCACAGUGCCUUCAUGGUCAUCAGCAUCAUUUGCUUAAACAAAGGGAAAUGAAUAUAAAUACAUUUUUAAGCACUACUUCAUAUCCACAUGUCCUGAUGUGGCUUAUGUUCUGUCAAAUGUAAAAGCACAACKGUGACAGAUGAUCUUUCACUUUAGCUCUUUUUUGAAUAGCUCUGUUCAAAUAUAGUGUUAGAAUUUCUUUUUAGUGUCUACAAACACUAGUGUUAAUGUGUAAUUAACCUUAAUUUAUUACAUGUACUUUAUGUUAGCUGUUUACUGUAAAUAUUCUAAAUUUGUACCAUUUCAUGCAAAUAUUAGAUAACAGUAACAGAACCUGAACAUGUCAAAGAUGUGUGAAGUUAUUUAAUCAGUAUGUUGAAGGGACUGGACGGGUCACUUGUCCCAAAUAAAUUCCUAAAGGGAUGUUUAUAACGCGUGUGCUGCGUUAAGUUUCUGUUGUGAAAGUCCCUGCAGCUAACAUUUUCAAAUUCUCAAAACAGUGCAUCUACUUGAUAAGUAAAGUCUUAAAAUCCUGCUCGUUUGAAUACUGAUGUAUUUGUGCUGAAGACAUUUGAUAUGCAUACAGUAUUUAUGUAAAAGGAGUAAUAUAAGAUGCACAUGUAUAGUUGAUAAAAGAAACUGUAUCAAAAACAUAAAAGGGAAAGUAAAGUGGUUAAACUCA